AUGCUUCAUACCGACGGAUGUCUACGGAGUACUUUAAGCACAGUACGACGCGGUGGCAAGGAGCUCAGUUGCAGUAGGGCGUUUGAAUGCUGUGGCACUUUCGGAGACGGUCUGAUAUUGACAGUCUACAGUACAACACUCGCUCAUAUAAACGCCCAUUGUCAUUCUCAAGCCGCAACUUUUGUGCACUACCUAAUUCCCUGCGGAAUUGAGUACAGUCUGAUUGCAGGCGCAAUCUUCUACAAGAUGUUUCAACGCAUCGGCCACGUGCAGCGCAGGGUGCCUCAUUCCGGUGGUGCAGGCAAUCGAAUACCCGACAAUACGGAGACCCACGUUUUACCACUGUCGCACAUUCGUCCGGACGACCCGACUGAGUGUCACCGAGCACACAAAGGCCUUUUUGUAGGCCUCCUCCUGUUUCUGGCCACGCUAGUUGCCCUGGCUCUCUUCUAUAUCCUUCAACGUCGACACAGUUACAAAAGCGCAUUAAUGCUAUACCAAAUCAACUACAUUGUACUUUUUGCCAUUGGCAUCAUAGCUGUAAGCAUUGCUCUGUAUCAAAUCAAGGUGCUGGGUUUUCGAGAGCUCUCUGAAGAGGAUGCCUUUGAUGACAACCUCUUGUUACUGGGAUUGGUGGCCGUUCUGUUCUACGAUUUAUUCCUUCUGCUACCUGCAGUGGAUGCCAAGGAAGAGCACAAAAAGGCAGGAGCAAUGUUUGUUGGAAAGGCAAUCCUAGAGAUGGUUCAAGCAUUAUUACAGGUUUUCCUCAUUCUGGAGGCAUCACGUCGUGAGGCGGGCGAGAUGGGACAUACAAUUUCCAAACCAGGCCGAACAAUCAUCACGCUCCUGCUGGUACUGAACCUUGCUAUGUGGAUUAUCAACACUUUUGGAUUGAAGUACGCAGAGAAUCACGAAAUCUUCCAGUUAUAUUAUACAGACCUUGCGUGGAAGAUAAUAACACAUCUCUCACUACCUCUUAUCAUCUUUUUUCGUUUCCACUCCACCGUCUGUCUGGCAGAUAUUUGGACAAAUGCCUAUCGCAUCCACAGGCACACAGAGGUCUAG